AUGGCUCUUCUUCAGCGCUUGGUUGCCCCCUCAGCACGAGGUGCGCUGCGACAAUCUCCAGCCAUCACCUUGAUGAUUACUCGAAAAGCAUCCAACGCCUCUCCCCCAAAGCUUAAAGAUCCCUCUCUCUUCAAGCAAGAUGUCUGUUAUGUCAACGGCGAAUGGGUCAAGGCCAAGUCUGGCAAGACAUUCAAAGUGAAUGACCCUUCAACUGGCGAACUCAUCGGAACAUGCCCCGAGUUUGACUCCAAGGACGCUCAACUAGCCAUUCGCGCUGCUGCUGAUGCGUUCCCUUCGUUCCGCAACAAAACAGGCCGUGAGCGCUCCAAGCUGUUGCGCGCCUGGUAUGAGCAGAUGACAGCCAACGCAGAGGACAUCGCAAAACUUAUUACAUGGGAAAACGGAAAGCCCAUGGCUGAUGCUAAAGGCGAGACAACUUAUGCUGCCAACUUCCUUGAGUGGUUCAGUGAGGAGGCACCACGAGUAUAUGGUGAUACAAUUCCCAGUUCAGUACCUGGCAACCGUGUAUGGACCCUGAAAGAGCCCGUUGGAGUAUGUGGUUUGAUUACACCUUGGAACUUUCCCGCUGCCAUGAUCACACGAAAGAUCGGACCUGCUUUAGCUGCAGGCUGCACGGUCGUCGCAAAGGCUCCAGCCGAGACCCCCUUUACUUCACUAGCCCUGGCCGAGUUGGCUCACCGUGCAGGAAUCCCCAAGGGCGUUGUCAACGUCGUGACUUCACACGAGAACACACCCGAACUCGGCGAGCUUCUUACUUCUGACCCCACAAUCCGCAAGGUCUCUUUCACCGGUUCCACCAACGUUGGAAAGCUUCUUAUGAAGCAAUCAGCCGGUACCCUCAAGAAGCUUUCCAUGGAGCUUGGUGGAAACGCCCCCUUCAUCGUCUUUGACGACGCCGAUGUUGAUGCUGCCGUGGCUGGAGCUAUCACAUCCAAGUUCCGAUCUUCAGGCCAGACCUGUGUCUGCGCCAACCGAAUCUACGUUCAACGCGGCAUCUAUGAUGAGUUUGUGACCAAGUUUACCGAAAAGGUCAAGUCGUUCAAUGUAGGACACGGUUUCGACCAAGGCGUUACGCAUGGACCUCUGAUCCACGACAAGGCCAUUGAGAAAGUUGAGGCCCAUGUCAAGGAUGCCGAGAAGAAGGGCGGAAAGGUCACCAUUGGAGGCAAGCGACUCAGCGACCUCGGUUCCAACUUUUAUGCUCCCACUGUCAUCCGUGAUAUGACUCCAGAGAUGGACAUGGCUUCUCAGGAGACCUUUGGACCUGUCGCUGGUCUCUUUCCCUUUGAGACAGAAGCGGAGGUGGUCAAGAUGGCCAACAACACUGAGGUUGGACUGGCGGGUUACUUCUUCUCCCGCGAUCUUGAGCGUGUGCACCGUAUUGCCGAGGCCCUUGAGGUGGGUAUGGUUGGUGUCAACACUGGUCUCAUCUCCGAUGCUGCUGCGCCAUUUGGUGGUGUGAAGGAGAGUGGCUUUGGUCGUGAGGGAUCGUUGUAUGGUAUUAGUGAGUACCAGAUCACCAAGAUGAUCACAUAUGGAGGUAUGGGCAAACCUCUUCAGUCAUAA